AUGCAAAAUAUUGAUCAAUCAACAUUACUUUAUCAUCAAUGGAAUGAUUUCAUUUAUCGUUUAAAACAAUUAAUUUAUUUAUUAUCUCAAUAUGAAAAACUUCAUUUUCAUUCUAUUCAUUCUUCAUUAUCCGAUACAAAACAAAAUCUUAAUAAAAAUGAAGAACAAUAUACUCGAAAAGAAAAUAUUCAAUAUGAAUUAUUAACAAUUGAAAAAAUAAAACAUGUACAAAUAGAUAAAACUAUUGAAGAUAUUCAAUUAAAUCUUAAAACAAAUGAGAAUAUUAUUGAAAAAGCGAAUAAACGACAUGAUGUCAUUCGACAGGAAAUGAAUGAUAUACAAUCGUUUAUAGAUUCAAUAAAUGAGUGGAAGAAACGAACAAUACAAAAUCUAUAA